AUGCGGGGAAUUUCUGUGUCCACAGCAAGCCAGCGGUUAAUUGCUGUGGACACAGCGAUUGCGUGGGGAAUUUGCUGUGGACACAGCGAGUGUGUCAGGAUUCCCUGUGUCCACAGCAAGUCAGCGGGGGAUCGCUGUGUCCACAGCUUGGAGGGCGGGAAGCGAGUCCAUCCGAUUCACAUCACCGCCGCUCCCCCGUUACACAUCGGUGGAGUCGUGCGGGCAUCUACGCGUGCCCCUCGGGCAUUUUGUGGUCUGCGGGUGGCGCAAGCCGCGUGGACGCAUGGGAAUCCACGCAGCUCGCGAAACUCCGAUCCAGGGUCGAGUACUCAAGCUCAAGCCAGUGGAGGCGAUUGUAGGUUAUACAUGAGGCGGAGCAUUUUAAGAGAACAGAAGUUGGGAGUAUGGGCUAUCGGGCACGCGGCUGGCGGCGGAGCGUUGACAUGUGCCGCCGCUGUACAGCGUAGCGCCAUCCUCGACUAUGCUUGUGCGCCGCCACCCAUCCCUCGUCUACCUCGCUCGGGAAGAGUCAACAAGAGUGAGGGCGAGAUGAAGGAAACAGAUACGACGCGCUGCGGGAACGCGCGAGCGCGAGGAAGACGAGAAGGGGAUAGACGCGGGGGAAUGUACGGGGUCGCGCAAACGGGCGCUGGCAAUGGCGAAGGCGAGGUCGAAGUCGUGGGCGAAGGCGUAGGCGUGUGCGAAGGCGUGGGCGUGGGUGAAGACGAAGUCGAAGGCGAAGGCGAGACGAAGAGGCGCACAGCGCGAAACGAGCCGAAACGGGGGACGCGAGAAGUGGAUACAGAGACAGGAGCGAGAAAGAAAAGAGAAGAGACGAAACUAAAUAAAACGUACGAGAAGAGAACUAGGGUACAAUCGCGAGAGGAAAGUGUGCCGAGCCGCGAGUGGUGGAGAUCGAGGGCGCGCGGCGAAGGCCACGAGCGGGCGCAGAGAGCGCUACGUAGCAUCCGUGUGCGUUGGGUCUGGACUAGAGUGAUGGCUUGUCGAUCCCAGGGCGCUCGUGGGAGGAUCGCGAUGGGUGCGCGUGGCGGAAUGGACGAGAUGCGAGCACCUGGACCUCACAUCAAUCAGGUCCCCUUAGCCUGGGGCACGGGGGGAUGGCCCGGGCUAAGGAGACCUGAAUCCGUGCUCCCGCGCAUGUUUGAAUAA